GGCGCCGUGUGUGGGAAUGCGGAAGCGGAGAGGCUCUGGGACUUGAGGCGGUCGUUCCCGGGGAGGAUGGCGGAGUGUCCGGAGAGCAGCACCGGCACCGAGCAUCUGUUUAAGGUGCUGGUGAUCGGGGAGCUCGGGGUGGGCAAGACCAGCAUCAUCAAGCGCUACGUUCACCGGCUCUUCUCCCAGAAUUACCGCGCCACCAUCGGCGUGGAUUUCGCCCUGAAGGUCCUGUCCUGGGAUGCCAGCACUUUAAUCCGGCUCCAGCUCUGGGACAUCGCAGGUCAAGAACGGUUCGGCAAUAUGACAAGGGUGUAUUAUAAAGAAGCUGUUGGAGCUUUCGUAGUCUUUGAUGUAUCUAGACACUCGACAUUUGAAGCAGUUCUGAAAUGGAAAAGCGACUUGGACAAUAAAGUGAAGCUGCCCAACGGGAAGCCAAUCCCUGCCGUGCUCUUGGCAAACAAAUGUGAUCAGCAAUGGGAUGGUUUGGAGAAUAGCCCGGCGAUGAUGGAUCGCUACUGCAAGGACAAUGCCUUCAUAGCGUGGUUUGAAACCUCAGCAAAGGAGAACAUAAACAUUGAUGAAGCAACACGGUUUUUAGUGAAGAAUAUUCUGUCCAAUGAUUUCAUUCAUCUACCUGAGAACAGGGAUGUGGAUAAUGUUAAACUAACAGAGGAGCCUGAAGAGGCUAAGGACAAGGCAUGGUGUUGCUAACACGCUGUCCCUCUCCCACUUUACUAUGAACUUCAGUGACCACAAUCCCCAGGUGAUCUUUCCUACACUCCAGCAAAGGGGAUAACUGCUAAAGGAAACUAACAUGCCUUCAGCUAACAAUUAUUUAAACAGAAGUUUUCCUCUUAAUUUUAAUUAGGAAUGGAAUGAUAAGAAAAAUACUUCAAGUUGUCAAAUUUUCUGUAAUCUUUUUGGAAUAACAUUAAAAUAAUGCUUCGGUCUGUUA